UUGGAAGAUGGAGUUAUCGGCAUCGGUUGUAUGUGAUGAUAGGCAGCCAUGAUAAUAUUGUGAAAGUGAUAUUAUUAUUUUACCAUCCCGAUGGUGACCCAUAAAGGACUAUUUCGACCUAGUAGUAAUUGUUUGAUUGUAAAUUACAAAAGGAGGCGAAUUUUGUGGUACAUUGAGGAGGCUUCAAGUGUGUUAGAAGCUUUCGAAGUUGUCUUCAUGGAACUAUGAACCUGGAUUCGUUGUCUUUUGCCUUGUCACAAAUCAAUUAUUUGGUUGCGAAUUUAACGAAGAAAAAUUACAAAACAAGUGUUCAAGAACUAUCCUGUUUGAUAGCCUUGCACGGUGAAGAGGCAGACCGACAUCUGUUGCGAAGUCUCUUUUCAUACAUCGAAGUUGGAGCCACAUCGGACAAAGGAAGUCAGCAAAUACUGCUGCUCCAGCAGGAGUGCGCCGCCCUUUUGUCCAAGUCUCGACUUGUUGCUAACUUUUGUUACGCAUUCGAGCAAGCGGUCCAACUUCUAAAAAGCCCCAAGUCGUCCCAGCAGCUCCUGUCUUUGCUGAGUCGAUUGUUGCGCUUUUCCCCCAUCCAAGAAGUCGUUCUUGGCCUCAGCCUUCUGCACUCCUCAAACUCAGACACCAAAAGCCAAGCUCUUGGAUUUCUCAAGCAGAAAUUUCCAGAGUUUGUCCGAAGUGUCGUUGAAGCAGAACCUGGAGCGUCCAGCGACGAAACUACCAAGGACUUUGGUACUGAAGCACUCCACUUUAUCCUUGCCAACGUCACAGCGUUGUCGAGUGAUACUUUUGGAGUCAACCCCGAAACAUUUGACUUGUUUCUGGAACAAGUGUGCAAGAAUUACAGUCCUGAAACUGUACCUGAGAUUCUUGCGCCAUUCCUGUACAAAUCCACAUUGGACAUAUCUGUUGAUAUGCCAAUUGAGCCUCCCUCGAAAAUGAUGGACAAUUCAUUAGCAGACUUGAUAAUCGAGCUCGGGUAUGGCUGUUGUUCCUCUGCGGCGGAGUGCCGCCGGCAGCUGUCCAGCCUGGGCAGAGAGAUCACAUCCGCAGCCAUUGCCAGGGUUCUCGGCGCCAUGGUGCGCACCCACACAGGACUUGACAAGACUUCUAAUUUCUACGCGGACAAAGAGAAACCAGAGUCAAUACCACUAACAUGGAACGUGGAAAUUUUCGUCCAGGCUAUCAAAGAGAUGGCACCGAAUCUGAGAUGGGACGACGUUGUCAGAGAACUCGACUUUAAAGAAUUCCGCGUCAACGACAGGCAGGGUCUCACCUUGUUGAUGACUGCCCUCAGGUCAGGUUUGCAGGCACAGGGUUUCCAUCCAGAUCUCUUCCCUAUCGAGCACAUCUACAGAGCCUGGGAGAAUGCUGAAGGACAAUUGUCGUUAGUGCAACAAAUUUUGAAGAGUCCUGAUGUCUUCAGCUUCACCGACUACACGUUCCGUCCAGUGGUGAUCGACACCUUGAAGGUGCCUCCAGACUCUGAUAGCAAGGACGCGAACACUUGGCGCUCAUUGGAUCUGUUGGAGACUUUGCUGUAUCUCUGUGAUCGUGGACUGUGCAGCCCAGUCACUGAAAUCUUGAAACCGGUUCUCAAUCUGUACCCAGACGUUCUCGCGCUUGGUCUGCUGCAAGCUAGCACUCAGAACGCGCAGAAAAGCUCGAUGCAGCUGCGGAAAGAUGUGCUGUCUGCUCUGCUACCCACAUUCCUAGCCAACCACUCAAACUCGGCAAUCAUCCUUCACACUGCUUGGCAUGCUCAGAGCAACGCCUUCCAGCCUGUGGUAAUGGCGGCCAUGGCUGAGUAUUACAUCAGAGGCGAAAACGAUCAGACAAGACUUACUAGAAUUCUCGACGUUGCACAAGACUUGAAAGGCCUUUCCAUGCUGCUGGCAGAACAAACUUAUCCCUUUGUGAUCGACUUAGCUUGUCUAGCCUCCAGACGAGGUUUCCUGAAGUUGGACAAAUGGCUUAAUGACAAAAUGAUUCAGCAAGGAGAGCCAUUCAUCUCAGCUUGUGUCAAGUUCCUCCAGAGACGCACUCCUCAGGUGCUUGGCGGCAUUGUGAAAGAUGACACCGCCAAGGCAGCUCAACUUCCUCAAGAUCAGCUCGCUCAAAUGGUCAUGUGCCUGCAGGCUUUUGAAAAGAGCGUAUCCCACGACUUAUCUGAGAUGAUUAGCACGACUGUUGCCAACUGCAAAAUUCUUCUAGGCAACCCACGCCAAACCUUGCCAGGUGCCAUAAGACCGAGACACAGUAUUGACAGUGCGUUUAAUCCAGCUGGAAUUAAUGCACAGUUAUUCUCAACCCCACAAGUGGACAGCUUGGCCAGCAUUGGAUCAAGUUUGAGCAGCUUAUCGUUGGGCGGUGGAGUUGGCAGUGCUCUAGGAGCGCACACCGCGUCCGCGUUCAGCAUGCCAGGGUCGCCAGGACCAUUAGUGUCAACAAAUCUCGGUCCGUUGCUUUCCAACUCUCUUGGGUCCCAGGUGUCGACACCAGCAUCUCCUUCGCGAAUAAUCGGCGCCGGAGUGGCGUCCACCAGCCCAUUCAAUCCUUUGCUGCCGCUCAAUGCUCAGCUGCAUACUGGAGGGCCUGUUGGCUCGCAGAUAACAUCAACUGCCUCCUCUCAAGGCAUGUCUCAGACCUCCCUCAAUCCCAUUGGGGGCCCUCCUAGACUAGAAACUUCUUCUGACAAAGGAGAAUCCUUGAUAUUUUCGGAAAACACCCACAUGCUGUCAAAAGAAGUGGAAGAAGAGGCUAAUAGCUAUUUUAAGCGAAUUUACAACCAUCCUCCUCAUCCAACCCUUUCAAUUGAUGAGACUUUGGAAAUGCUCAGGAAAUUCCAAACAUCACCCAAUCAAAGAGAAAAGGAUGUCUUCACUUGCAUGCUACGCAAUUUGUUUGAGGAAUACAAGUUCUUUCCUCAGUACCCAGACAAAGAGCUAUACAUUACUGCUCAACUAUUUGGUGGAAUCAUUGAAAGAGGGCUUGUCAGCUAUCUGGCGCUUGGAUACGCUUUGAGGUAUGUGCUGGACGCCUUGAAACAAUCAUAUCAAAGCAAAAUGUACAACUUUGGCAUCACUGCCUUGGACCGAUUCAAGGGACGCUUGAAAGAGUACCAAAAGUACUGUGAAUAUGUCUCUCAACUGCCUAACUUUAAGAGCUUCCCACCAACUUUGAUCGAGUAUGUUGAGAGCGGCAUGAGAAGUGUAGAACCUUCAGUGACAACAAGCAAUUCUCCUGCACCCAACGUUGCAGCAAACUUGCCCCCGUCUGUUUCAACCACAAGCAGCACAGCUGUGAAGUCAACAAUUGGAUCUGGCAUUCCUUCAAGACCUUCCAUUGCUAUGGCUACUAACAUCGACACACUCUUGGUGGCGACUGAAAAGGAGGAGAAAAUCAUUGCUCCACCAGAAGUGAUGCAGGAUAAAAUCGCAUUUAUCUUCAACAACCUGAGUCAGCUGAAUCUGCAAUCAAAGUGUGAUGACUUGAAAGACAUAAUAACAGAUGAAUACUGGCCAUGGGUAGCUCAGUACUUAGUAAUGAAGCGAGCUAGCAUCGAGUUUAACUUUCAUGCUCUCUAUUCAAAUUUCCUUGAUGUCCUGAAAAUACCUGACCUGAACAAAAUGGUUGUGAGAGAAACCUUCAGGAACAUCAAAGUCCUACUUCACAGUGAUAAAAAAGGCAUCGCCAAUUUCUCAGACCGAUCUCUGCUGAAAAAUCUGGGACACUGGCUUGGAAUGCUGACCCUGGCCAAGAACAAGCCAAUUCUUCAAAAUGACAUGGACUUAAAAGCUCUGCUUGCUGAAGCGUAUCUCAAGGGCCAGCAGGAACUGCUGUAUGUGGUUCCAUUUGUGGCCAAAGUCCUAGAAGCUUGCUCCAAAAGCAAGGUUUUUAGGCCACCAAAUCCAUGGACCAUGGCCCUCAUGAAUGUGCUAGCAGAACUGCACCAAGAGCAAGACCUAAAACUCAACCUUAAGUUUGAAAUUGAAGUUCUAUGCAAGAACCUGAACAUUGACGUUUACGACCUGAAGCCAACGGUCUAUCUCAAAGACCAAGACAAACUGCGCACCCUGGAGAUUCAACUGUCGCAUCCAGCCAAGCCUGAGCCGCAGAUUUCCACAGGCAGUGUAGUCACAAUUCCGACCAGUGCUCCUGCUCCAGCACCGCAGCCACCCACAACAACGACAGAGGAAAUGCCUCAGCAGAUGGUUUCUGCGGCAGCCACAAGCUCAGCAGCCACCAGCACUGGAAUUGUCGCCACAGCCGGCACCCCAACGCCCGCUCUACCGUCUGGUCCACCUGAGCCAAGGUUUGCCUACCACGAAAUUCAAGCAAACAACUUUGCCGCGCUGACGGCACACAUUGUGGUGCCCCCUCUGCCUCUAUUCCAAGCUCAACCCUCUCUCAAGCAAUACAUCAAAGGUGCGAUCGAGCGCGCUGUUCAGGAAUGGAUGGCACCUGUCUUGGAUAGGUCAAUAAAGAUUUCCCUCACGACUUGCGAGCAGAUCAUCAAAAAGGACUUUGCUCUUGAUCCUGACCCAGAUCGAAUGCGUGCAGCUGCCCAUCACAUGGUUCGCAACUUGACAGCAGGAAUGGCCAUGAUCACCUGCAGAGACAGCUUACUUGUGGCAAUCUGCAGUAACUUGAAGUCAGCGUUUGGAACUCAGCUUUUGAGUGCCACUGCAAGUCACAAAGAACUUGUAGAUCACACUGCUACCAUGGUUGCCCAAGAGAACAUUGAACUUGCCUGUGCGUUCAUACAGAAAACUGCCAUUGAAAAGGCCAUCAUUGAAAUCGACAAAAGACUAGCCAACGAACUUGAAAUGCGCAAACUUGCCCAAAACGAAGGUAGGCGGUAUUGCGACUCACUUGCUCUCAAGUACCAAGCUGAAAGGAUGCCAGAGCAAAUCCGCCUCAAAGUUGGAAUGGUCACACCUCAGCAAAUGACUGUAUACGAAGAGUUUGCUCGCAACAUACCCGGUUUCCAGCCGCUGCCAGAGCGAGAGGCUCUCAUGAUGCCCCCACCGAGCUUCGGAACUGAAACUGUUGCCACUGCAAUCAUACCUAGAAGCACAGAGCCAAUAGCUGUUGAUCCUCUUGGCCCCCAGUUUGAAAAGGUCCGACUUGAGCUGGAACAGUGGAUCCAGACUUCCUUCUCUGGGCUGAGCAACACUCUGGUGAGCCAGCUGCACUCACUUCAUGAAACCAUGAUGCUUGUGAGGAGCUCGCGCGACCCGACCUUUGCCGCCUCCUUGGUGCAGAGAGUGCUGGAGAACCUGCACGACUGCACUCAGGCCCAGGGUAUCGAGCAAGAAGCCCUCAACCGAUUCAGAGACAUCAACCUGUGCUGCCUAAAAGCUAUGCAGGACCCUGCAGCUUUUGGAAUACAGUUCACCAACAAACAAGUGGCCAGGAGCCUCAUGGACGGCCGCGAAGAAGUCCGUUACAACCUGGACAUUGUCAAUGUUCUGGUGCACUCGCACCUUCUCAACUUGGCCCUGCUGGACAGCGGCAUCGCCCAAGCCAUGGACAACGGCAACAACUUUUUGGCCGUCUCCUUUGGCAUGUCGCUUGUGCAGUUGUUCUUGAUCGAUGACCGAAACGUGUCAGUCGCAGAGAGCGACCUUUUUAACACAAUCGAGACGCUCUUUAGGAUCAGCAUGUCCGGCAGACAGGUGCCAGAUGGAUUAAAUAGUCUCAUUGAGAUCAUCAGAGCGAACCAAGACCACAACCUCUUCUCAGACCGUGCCAUGGGAGGCCCAACAUCACACAUUCACUCAGGAAUUGUGCAGGCGCGUGAGUUUGAUGACCCACAGGGCCUGCUGGAGAAGACCGAGUACCUGCUCAGGGAGUGGGUCAAUAUCUUCCACUCGCCCUCAGCAAGCAGGGAUCCCACCAAAGCUUUCAGCGUCUUUGUGCAUCAAAUGAAUGUCCACGGAAUCUUGAAGACAGAUGACCUCAUCACAAGAUUUUUCCGUUUGAGCACUCAGAUGUGCGUCGACUUGUGCUAUCGCGCUCUCGCCGACCAGAACAGCUCCACUCCUGUUCUCGUGCGAACCAAGUGUUUCCACACACUUGACGCUUUUGUCCGCUUGAUCGCGUUGCUGGUCAAACACUCUGGUGAUGCCUCUAACAAUGCCACUAAAGUGAACCUUUUGAACAAGGUGCUGGGCAUUGUGGCUGGUGUGUUACUUCAAGACCAUGAAGUGCACCUCACAGAGUUCCAGCAAUUGCCUUACCACCGAAUCUUCAUCAUCCUCUUCCUUGAGCUCAACACACCUGAGCCAGUCCUCGAAGUGAUUAAUUUCCAGGUGCUCACUGCUUUCUGCCACACUCUGCACAUCUUGAGGCCAUCUCACGCGCCUGCAUUUGCCUACGCCUGGCUAGAACUGGUGUCACACAGGGUUUUCAUUGGCAGAAUGCUAGCCAUCACCCCUCAGCAGAAGGGUUGGGGCAUGUACGCGCAGCUCUUGAUUGAUCUUUUCAAAUUCCUGGCUCCAUUCCUGAGAAAUGCGGAACUUUCCAAGCCAGUGGCGCUCUUCUACAAGGGAACAUUGCGCGUGCUGCUAGUGCUGUUGCACGACUUCCCUGAGUUCCUCUGCGACUACCACUACAGCUUCUGCGACGUCAUUCCUCCCAACUGCAUUCAGAUGAGGAACCUUAUUCUGUCUGCCUUCCCGAGGAACAUGCGCCUGCCCGAUCCGUUCACACCCAACCUGAAGGUGGACAUGCUGCAGGAAAUCAACCACGCGCCGAGGGUGCUCUCCAAUAUAGCCUCUCUGAUUCAGCCAGCCACCUUCAAGAAGGACUUGGACAAUUACCUGAAGGCAAGGGCGCCGGUCACCUUCCUCUCAGAGCUCAGGGGCCACCUGCAGAUCAGCCACGAGCCUGGUCUCAGGUACAACAUCAAGCUCAUGAACGCCCUGGUGCUGUACGUCGGGACCCAGGCCAUCGCGCACAUACGCUCCAAGACUCUGCAGCCCAAUAUGACCACUAUCGCGCACUCCGCCCACAUGGACAUAUUCCAGAAUUUGGCCGUGGACCUUGAUACUGAAGGACGGUAUCUCUUCCUGAACGCGAUCGCCAACCAACUGCGCUAUCCAAACAGCCACACGCACUAUUUCAGCUGCACCUUGCUCUACCUGUUUGCUGAAGCCAACUCGGAAGCAAUCCAGGAGCAGAUCACUCGAGUGCUGCUGGAGCGGCUGAUUGUGAACAGACCUCAUCCAUGGGGCCUGCUGAUCACCUUCAUUGAACUCAUCAAGAAUCCGAUCUACAAGUUCUGGAACCACGAGUUCGUCCACUGCGCCCCAGAAAUCGAGAAGCUGUUCGAGUCGGUGGCACGCUCCUGCAUGGUGCAGAAAGCUCAAGCCCAGCAGAACUCAGAGAUGGAUAUUUCUGGAGAGUAAUAACAUUCAGUUUUAAUUCUACAACGUUUCAAAUACUGUCAAAGUCACACUCAUUUUCACAUUGAUUUUGUUCAACCCCAGAAGUCUGCUGGUGGUCUUGAAAUGAAGCAUUUUGUGGUUACAUUUAAUUUCGAAGAAACAACCACUGGUAGGAAAUAGUUUUGAUUUUUUGUAAGCCUUAGUGUUCCGAGUACUUUUCAACUGGUACGAACAAGACAAAAGCGGAAUCUUAGCAAUGUACAAAAGAUGAAUAUUUACAUGAUAGCAUGUGCGCUUUCAUUUGACUAUGUGAUUAUGAGAGUGAAUUUCAUACACACAAAAGGAAGCAGGAAAUAUUUUUUAUUGGUUGAAGAAAUAAGGAAUGUUUGUACAUUACAAGAUUUAUAGAGCUGAUUUAAUAACGUCAAGGUGAUAAUUGAUUUUCACUGAAAAUGUUUUGAUCUUUUGUACAUAUUGAUAAGGAAACUCGGUUAAGAUGUAGAAAUAUGUAAUUUAGUGGUAAUAAAAAUGGAAAACAAAAAAAUAAA